AAGAACCAACGAAUAGUCUACUGUAUGUUCAGGUUUUGCCAUGGGAAAUAGUGGAAUAAACCACCCACUCUCUGUGGUGCUACAAACGAGAGGGGAGCCACACCGAUGCCUUUAAACACCAGCUCCCUGAAAACAAUUGCCCAAGGGCUCUUUAUACAUUAUUAUUAUUACUUUUGUUAUUAUCUGCGUUCAUUGUGUUCAACCCACUUUGAAAGGGGGAGACUUGCGUCUGUUUUUUCAGGAAGGUUGAAACAAAAAUGGUCGACAACAAUGGCGUCGGCAGCACUCGGACUGAGCAGCAGGGUGCAGGCUCCGUGUUCUUUCCGAGUCUGAACUCCUCCUACCUACGUUCACUCUUCGGCACAAUUGCUCUGGGCGAAUUGCUGUGCGGGUUGCUGGCAUGGUCCCUCGUCGCCUCCACCCCCUAUUGGCUCUUCGCCGCCUACAAGUGGGUGAUGUUCGUGACCGUCUUCUGCUGGGUCAUGACGCUACUGCUCGUUGCCUACCAGUCGCUCGCCUUGCCCGUGCACUGCCUCAGCGUGCCCUGGCCGCUGUUUGUCCUGUGUCUGGAUGCCCUGUCGGCUGUCAUGUAUCUCACGGCGUUCAUCACGGACGCAGCCUCGGUCCGGUUGGCAUCGGGCGUCCCUUCCGUCUACAAUCGCUGGGCUGCAUCGACGUUCUUCGCCCUGCUCUGCACGCUGCUGUACGCGGCUGGUUCCUACCUGGGCUGGCUCGAGUGGAAGAGCGGAGGAGAGUCGGGAGCAACGGGCAGCAGCAGCGGCGGCGGCGGCGGCCACGUGACCACGGCGCACGGCUUAGAGGGCGGCGUGCCGGGACCAUACCAACAGUGACCAGGGGUGAUGGUGGUGACGUGCCAGAGCCAGAUGAUGUGUGCUGUGUGGUCAUGAUUUGUGAUGUGUCCUGUGUGCUAUGAUGAUGGUGUGUGCUGUGUGUGUGCUAUGAUGAUGAUGUGUGCUGUGUGUGUGUGUGAUGUCUGUGCUAUGAUGAUGUGUGAGUAUUAGGGGUAACGUUCAUAAUACGGUGUUUUAACAACAGUUAUGAGUUGAUUUUUUUUUCCCGCUGGCAUUGGGGGCUCGUGCUAGGGCUAGUCUAGGGCUAGUGUUAGUGCUAAUC